CUUGCUGAUGGUUUACCUUUUCCAUGAGUAUGUAUGCACAUGGAUGCAUGUUUACACAAUGUCAUAUAUGUGUGUGUAUAUAUAUAUGUGUAUGCAUGCAUGUAUUUAUAGAGCAGAGUCACAUUCCCUCCUGGGCAAAAGAGGUCUCACUCUUGCCAACUCCUCUGGUAUGACACACGUUUGGUUUCCUGCAUCAUCUUUGGCUUUUCCUGUAAUUGCACCCUUUUAAACAAAAAAUAGGAAAACUGCAGAAAAUACUCACAGUUUGCUCUUUAUUUCCAGAGUUUUUUGCAGCUGUUAGAAAAUGGAUGAUUUCUGAAGGUCUGAACAAAAUGCAAAUAAUGGGCAGUUGCAGCAAAAUUGCCAGGGGGAAUUCAUGAACCGGGGAAGAAUGGGGGAAAAAAAUCCAAUGGAAGAAAUGUCUCAAAGAUGAGUUUCAGUAGUCUUCAAGCAUGGAAUGACUGCCUUGUGCACAAUGAAAUAUUUAUGUCAAGUGACCAGAAAUGAGAGCACAUAUGCAAAAAGGUUCUUUGGUACUCUUCUGACACAGACAGCACAAAAUUGGCUCUUUUCUCCAUUCUGGAUGGUGGUACCUGACCCUAGGAAGUCAGCUGCGUUUGGGCUUACUCAGCCAUUUUGUACAGAUGAAAAAUCUCACGCACAACCAAAGAGUAAAGCAGCAUUUGGAAGUGUUGGGCGAAGGAUUCCCUAUCGUAUUUUGCACGUAAUCAACCAGGAUGGGGAGAGCUUAGGAAACAUGCACCGAGCAGAGGCACUCAGACUUAUGGAUGAACAUGGCCUGAAACUGGUUCUGCUUCGUGAGAACGUAGAACCUCCAGUUUACAGACUAAUGACUGGGCAGCAGAUUCACGAAGAACAGCUGAAACGUGCAGAGAAGAAAAAAGCAAGUCCAAAGCCAGGGGUGGUUCAGAAGGAGUUAUCCUUUUCUUCAGCUAUUGCCAAGAAUGACUUGGAGACCAAGACUAAACAGAUAGCACAGUGGAUUGAGAAGAGACACCAUGUUAAAGUUACCAUCCGGCAAGCAAAAGGCAGCAGUACAGACAUGUUCAUGCUUUUUGAUCAGAUUUUGGAGACUGUGUCGGAGAAAGCAACUUAUCUUUCCAAGCCAAAAGUUGCUAGAGAAGGAGUGAGUACCUGUGUUUUCAGGCACAUGUCUGACAAAGAGUUGAAAGAACACCAGAAGAUGGAAAUAAAGAAAAACAAUACAGUAAAGAAAGAUGAAAAUGAAGAUCUGAAGUCAAAUGAGUUGCAUCAAUGACUUUCUGAAGCAGUGUAAACAAUAUAUAUUUAUUUAAAAAAUAAAAUUUUAAAACAUUAA